AUGAAGAUUCACUCUCUAUUUGCUGCUCUUCCAUUGUCUCUGUGGUUUGCCGUUGGGGCCAAUGCGCAGAAUCGCUGGGAUUUUGAUCAACAACCUUCCAAGGCUUUGCCAGAAAUCGUCGCUCCGCCAGACGGUCUUCAUUACGAAGAGAAGCCAUCUCAAGACGCCAAUCAAGGCGAGAAUCAAGUCUAUCCUGUCUUUGAUUAUCGUUUCUCGUGUGAUGUGGUCGGAUUGCCUCGAAUCCACGAUGAGGCGUCGUCUCAAUCCAUAGUUGGAGAGGACUGGAUUGGACUGGACUUGUCGACCCAUUGCCACUACGAUCACAAUGGUGUCUCUUCUCAACAUUUGUUGGAAUCGGAGAAUAGCAUUGCUACUCUACGACAAUGGUUUCUAGCUACCAACGCUACUGGCUUUUCGUUGGAAGUCUGGAUGACUCCCACUGUGCGUGACAAUCUUUCAGUUGCGGUCCCUAUCUUGGCCAUUGGAGGGGAUCAUUCGGUAGCCGAUCAAAGCAGUUACGACGAGGAUGGCAACUUUGAUAGCAAUGAGUGUCAUGAUACUACGCUUUAUGUGGGACUGCGAUCCAAUCUCGUAGAGGUUCGAUACGUGGACAAUGAUUCGGAGCAGUCUUGUCGGGUGCUUCUUGUGGACAAGCGGCCUUUGGAGAAUGACGAACCAGUCCAGAUUGCCUUAACAAUGAACAACAGGGAAGCCAAUGUCUACAUCAAUGGAGAAUUGGCAUUGUCAAUUACUACCAACCAUGACCUUAUCACCAACAUGAAAACCUGGGAUACUGAUGACAAAUUGAAAUUAUUCUCAGAUCAAACAGAUACUUCGACUCGUAUCACCCUUCACCAAGUUUCACUCUACGGCCAACUGAUUGAAGCCAAGCAGAUACAGUGGGGAUACCAGCAAGAAUUGAUUGGCAAACAAGAAACACUUCUCGAGCACGAACCUGCUCGUCUGGUGAUAGUAGAAAAGGCAGCUACUGUUAUCCAAGGAACUGCGUCGCCAUUUGAGAUUGGUGGAAAAGCCAAAUCCACAUCCGACUACGUGGUCGCAAUCGAGAUCCUCUCGUUGCCACCGGAUGGAACUAUACUUGACGACGAUGGACCAAUUACAGAGAUUGGAACACGCAUUCGGUUGCCCAAAGCAUCAAAGAAGACUGAUUUGAUGUAUCGAGCAAACUCGGACGAGUAUUUCACAAGCCCUAACGUAUCGUACAGCGGCAGAGAUCUUGGCUUGAGCUCAGAUGUUUUCGUGUUUCGACUGGUAGCUCUCGACCGCGAUAAUGGCAGUCUCGUUGGCUGGUCCGACAAAGUCAAGAAAGAAAUCACUAUUCAGCAUGUGAAUCAACCCGCUACACUUGUCCUUCCAAAGGCUGCGAAAUUAGCAGAAGUUCCAGAUUUUAACAAGAUCGGUCCAAUUGCUUCAAUUGACGAAGUUCACUUGCAAGAUCCUGAUCUCAACGUAGAUCUUGUCCGAGUGGAUAUCUGGGCCUACAAUGGAACCAUUACAAUUCAAGACCAUGUCGAGCUUGCCAACUUUGAGUUCACAUCUACUUCGUCAGAAAUAUCCUGGCAUUCGCAUGGUACUCCUUCUGAAAGUCAAAACAUGACUUUUGUCGCCGAGCCCGAUGACGCAUCUCUCAUCCUAUCCAGUAUCCAAUACCAGGGCUUUCGUUGGGGCCAAGAGGACAGGAUUGUCAUUCGAAUCUACGACGGAGUUGGAGGGCCCUGUUUGAACCGAGCUGACCGAAAGUACAAAAGCGUGAAUGAUGAUUGCUUUCACAUUAUGGCCAACGUGUUUGUCCCAGCCGUGACGUGGAUUCCAACUACCCUGUCGUUUGAGAGUGACGAGAGCUUUCGAUUCAACAUUUGGGUUGCUCUCGUACUUAUUCUAUUCGGCUGUUCUUGUGCCGUUCUUGUUGUCCAAAUGGGAGGUCAGCAGUUGCUUCGAAUGAGAAACUGGAAGGAGCGAGACUCCGAGAACGUUGAGCAAGUGACUUCUAGUGAUAAAGAGCCAGAACUUGAUAUGGUUGAUUUUGACUGA